AUUCAGUUAAUGCACUCCUAAGUGAUUAGAACAGUGCUUGGCACAUUAGAAUGAAAGAUACCACCACCAUCAUCAUUUCUGAAUAACCAAUGAGUAUUACCACCAGGCACUAGAGGUGGAGGACUUCAUCCCAUCGCCUGGACUGGGCAACAGCUUCAUAGUGACAUGUUGGGGUCUACACUGCUCUACCCAAGGCACUCUGAGCUUGAAAUUCUUGAGACUUGCUUUUCCUGGGCCCCCAUCCUGUCGUGUUGGCCCCAUUCUCUCAGCUCCCUUUCCUUUUCCAGCUGCAUUGCUGCCGCCUUCUUGUACCCUCCAGGCACACUCACAACCUCCUCUUUUUCGUCCCUAGUGCACAGGGAAGGACACUGGAUGAAGCACCCUCUCCCCCCAGCUCCCUCUGUCACUGACCUGGCACCUCCUGGGCCCUCAGUGAUUCAGCCCAAUUACCUCUUGCCUCCACGUUCCCAUAACUCUGUUCCCCUAGUCCCUUAACUGGCUUACUGGCUGUUAGGAAAGCCGAGGUCCCCUCCUGAAAUUGUUCUUUCCUGUCGCCCAGAGGGAGAUUUUAACCAUCUUUGAGGGCUUGGGUAAAUCUGUCCCUUCCCUGCAAGUUGCAGAGGUCAAGCCCCUUGCCCCACUGGCUGCAGCUCAGCCGCUCCACCCCCAAGACGGGCUAGCAGCCCCACACCUAGGAUGAGGCGCUCGGGUCCGCAGGCCCCGCGCAGAGGCCGGCAGCUCGCCUGGGAAGGUGGCGGGGUCCCUGCGGGGCGCCAGGCGCUGGGCCCGAGGCGGGCCCGGGCGGGGAUGCGGCGGAGUGCGGGCCCCGGACUGGCCCUGUCGCUGCUGCUGGCGCUGGUGGGCCGAGGGGGCGCGUUCUACCUCGAGGUCCGUGAGCUGGAGGAGAAGUGCUUCAUCCAGGAGAUCCCCGAUGGCACCGUGGUCACAGGUGACCAGCUGCUUCAGGAAAGACCAGACCUUUCAUGGUAAUACGAUUCCUGUUUGCUGGUUAUUGGAUUAGCCAUGUUCUGCCUAAGAGACAUAAGGAUGUUUAUUCCUGGGACUUCUUGGAAAGUUCUCUCUCUCUUAAAAAGGGACAUUAGGUGGGGGCAUGUAUCUUUCAUGCCUUUAUCUGGUGCUGGAGCUGCAACCAAGAGAGAAGUGGUGAAUACUCGAAGGAUGGGAGAGUGGUAAGCUGGACAGAUUCUGGACUACUGAGGGCAUUGGUGCACAGUGUUGAAAUACUCAACCCUAGGAGCUACCCUGCCCCUAGACUUAUUGCUGUAUGUGAUGAUAAAUGUCCUUAUUUUGGGCCUUUUUGCUUGGGUUUUUCUGUUACUUGAAGUCAAAAAAGCAUCUAACUAGUACUAAAUGUCAAAGAUGAGCCAGAAUUGUACUAAGCACUUCAUCUGAAUUAAAGUAAUAUAAUCUAAGUAAAUCCCUGUAAUAACACUGUGAUAUAGGUGUUCUAAUCAUAUAUAUUUUACAGAUGUGGAAAUUAAAGUAUAGGGAAGUUAAAUCCUUGCACAAGUCCACACAACUAUGAAAUGGUAAAAACAAGGAUUAAAACUUCAGGUUUAGCUAAUGCUAAAGAUAACUUGAAAUCACUUGUAAAUAUUUCAUACCUUCCCUACUUUUCAUUUUUCUUUGAAGCACUUGUAAAAAACAGAGUCACAGUCUUUCACCUUGAGUGACCAGAAAUUUCCAGGGUUAUGCAAAAGUAUUAGUGAAUGUAGAAUCUGAUUAACCUUAUAAUUUACUGCUGUGUAACAUUAGGCAAGUCUUCUGUUGUAUUACAAUGAAUAUAUUCCAUAUCCUUACUAGACACUAGGAAUACAAGUGUUUAGGUUAUUUAUCAAAAAAGAAUGGGAGGAGUAACAAUAAACCAAUAGAAAGAGAAAUCAGGAAAACAAUUCCAUUCACAACUGCAUCAAAAAUAAUAAAAUACCUAGGAAUAAACCUAACCAAAGAAGUGAAAGACCUAUACCCUGAAAACUAUAAGACACUCUUUUAAGAUAAAUCAAAGAGGACACUAACAAAUGGAAACUCAUCCCAUGCUCUUGGCUAGGAAGAAUUAAUAUCGUCAAAAUGGCCAUCCUGCCCAAAGCAAUAUAGAUUUGAUGCAAUCCCUAUCAAACUACCAACAACAUUCUUCAAAGAACUGGAACAAAUAGUUCAAAAAUUCAUAUGGAAACACCAAAGGUCCCGAAUAGCCAAAGCAAUCCUGAGAAGGAAGAAUAAAGUGGGGGGGAUCUCACUCCCAAACUUCAAACUCUACUACAAAGCCAUAGUAAUCAAGACAAUUUGGUACUGGCACAAGAACAGAGCCACAGACCAGUGGAACAGAAUAGAGACCCCAGACAUUAACCCAAACAUAUAUGAUCAAUUAAUAUACAAUAAAGGAGCCAUGGACAUACAAUGGGGAAAUGACAGUCUCUUCAACAGAUGGUGCUGGCAAAACUGAACAGCUACAUGUAAGAGAAUGAAACUGGAUCACUGUCUAACCCCAUACACAAAAGUAAAUUUGAAAUGGAUCAAAGACCUGAAUGUAAGCCAUGAAACCAUGAAACUCUUAGAAAAAAACAUAGGCAAAAAUCUCUUGGACAUAAACAUUAGCGACUUCUUCAUGAACAUAUCUCCCCACGCAAGGAAAACAAAAGCAAAAAUGAACAAGUGGGACUGCAUUAAGCUGAAAACUUCUGUAUAGCAAAGGACACCAUCAAUAGAACAAAAAGGUACCCUACAGUAUGGGAGAAUAUAUUCAUAAAUGACAGAUCCGAUAAAGGGUUAACAUCCAAAGUAUAUAAAGAGCUCAUGCACCUCAACAAACAAAAAGCAAAUAAUCCAAUUAAAAAUGGGCAGAGGAGCUGAGCAGACAGUUCUCCAAAGAAAUUCAGAUGGCCAACAGACACAUGAAAAGAUGCUCCACAUCGCUAGUUAUCAGAGAAAUGCAAAUUAAAACCACAAUGAGAUAUCACCUCACACCAGUAAGGAUGGCUACCAUCCAAAAGACAAACAACAACAAAUGUUGGUGAGGUUGUGGAGAAAGGGGAACCCUCCUACACUGCUGGUGGGAAUGUAAAUUAGUUCAACCAUUGUGGAAAGUAGUAUGGAGGUUCCUCAAAAUGCUCAAAAUAGAAAUACCAUUUGACCCAGGAAUUCCACUUCUAGGAAUUUACCUAAGAAUGCAGCAGCCCAGUUUGAAAAAGACAUAUGCACCCCUAUGUUUAUCACAGCACUAUUUACAAUAGCCAAGAAAUGGAAGCAACCUAAUUGUCCAUCAGUAGAUGAAUGAAUAAAGAAGAGGUGGUACAUAUACACAAUGGAAUAUUAUUCAGCCAUAAGAAGAAAACAAAUCCUACCAUUUGCAACAACAUGGAUGGAGCUAGAGGGUAUUAUGCUCAGUGAAAUAAGCCAGGCAGAGAAAGACAAGUACCAAAUGAUUUCACUCAUCUGUGGAGUAUAAGAACAAAGAAAAACUGAAGGAACAAAACAGCAGCAGACUCACAGCACCCAAGAAUGUACUAACAGUUACCAAAGGGAAAGGAACUGGGGAGA